UAUCAAUCCUUCUUUAGAAAAAAAAAACAUAUAGCCAAAAAAGAAUCCUUGCCCAAAUCUGCACCUCUCUCAUCUUCAUCUUCACUAUUUGUAACCCUAAAUCUAUCUAAAGUAUGUUAACUUUCUCUCUAUCUCCGUCUGCUCCCCACUUUCGAAGUUCUAACAUUUAAAUCGCCGUAGUUGGAGGAGGAGCUCUCAUCAGUUUCUCAUUCUGAAACUUCCAAAGAGAUCUGAAAGUUGUAGACUUUUUUUUCCAUCACCAUCACCAUCGUCAUAGUCCCCGAUCAUCGUUCCAUUGUGUAGGUCACUGAAAGAAAAAGAGAAGAUUUUCUUACUCUGUGUAUGGAGUAAGAAUGCCAGAGUUAAGAAGUGGAGCACGUAGAUUGAGACAACCUAGCAACCCUCAGGCGAUUGAACCGGCGGAAAACAUCCAGCUUCCUCGUCAGCCUGCAACAAGGAGAAGAGGUGGUGGUAGAGGAAGGGGAAACGCUGCUGCACCUCCGAGACCCACUGGUGGGGCUGGUAGAGGCCGAGGCAUCAGGUUAAUAGAUUUAGAGGCGGAACCUGUGGUUGGUGAACCUGCUUUUAAUCAAGUCGAAGGGGUAGCUGAUAAGGAUAACGCUAUGGAAGGUGGUAGCGGUGAGAAAAUAGUUGGUGUGGAAGAAGAUUUGAGCUCAGCUCCUGUCCCUGAAAGGGUACAAGUUGGAAACUCUCCUGUUUAUAAGACUGAAAGGAAGCUCGGUAAGGGAGGCUUUGGUCAAGUUUUUGUUGGGAGAAGGGUGAGUGGUGGCAGCGAUAGGAUUGGGGCAGAUGCAAUUGAGGUGGCUCUGAAAUUUGAGCACCGUAAUAGCAAAGGAUGCAAUUUUGGCCCACCUUACGAGUGGCAAGUGUACAAUACGCUCAACGGUUGCUAUGGAGUUCCUGCGGUUCAUCAUAAGGGUCGACAAGGAGACUUUUACAUUCUUGUCAUGGACAUGCUUGGUCCAAGUCUCUGGGAUGUGUGGAACUCUUCAGGGCAAUCGAUGUCUCCCAACAUGGUAGCGUGCAUUGCCGUUGAGUCCAUAUCUAUUCUUGAGAAGUUUCAUAUGAAAGGGUUUGUCCAUGGAGAUGUGAAGCCAGAGAACUUCUUACUCGGUCAACCCGGAACAGCUGAUGAGAAAAAACUCUACCUUAUCGAUCUUGGUCUAGCAUCAAAAUGGAAAGAUUCGCACUCAGGCCAGCAUGUUGAAUAUGAUCAAAGACCUGAUGUGUUCAGGGGAACAAUAAGGUAUGCAAGUGUUAAUGCACAUCUAGGUCGUACUGGAAGCCGGAGAGAUGAUCUGGAGUCGUUGGCUUAUACCUUAAUUUUUCUCUUGAAGGGAAGGUUGCCAUGGCAAGGCUUCCAGGGUGAUAACAAGAGCUUUCUUGUUUCCAAGAAAAAGAUGUCAACUUCUCCUGAGCUGAUGUGCUGUUUCUCUCCACCACCGUUUAAGCUAUUCCUCGAGGCAGUCACCAAUAUGAAGUUUGACGAGGAGCCCAACUAUGGGAAGCUUAUUUCGCUUUUCGACACUCUAAUCGAGCCGUGCGCUCUAUCUAGACCAAUUAGAAUCGAUGGAGCUCUAAAGGUUGGCCAAAAACGAGGGAGAUUGCUUCUUAAUCUGGAAGAGGAUGAACAGCCGAAGAAGAAAAUCAGAGUAGGCAGUCCUGCUACUCAAUGGAUUUCAGUCUAUAACGGUCGUCGUCCCAUGAAACAGAGAUAUCACUACAAUGUUGGAGAGACGAGGCUGCGCCAGCAUGUACAGAAGGGUAAUGAAGAUGGCCUUUUGAUAAGCUGUGUAGCAUCAGCAGCUAAUCUCUGGGCCCUCAUAAUGGAUGCUGGAACUGGAUUCAAUUCUCAAGUUUAUGAGUUGUCACCGGUCUUCCUGCACAAGGACUGGAUUAUGGAGCAGUGGGAAAAGAACUACUAUAUAAGCUCCAUAGCUGGUUCAGAUAACGGGAGCUCGUUAGUUGUUAUGUCAAAAGGAACAACUUAUUCUCAGCAGUCAUACAAAGUCAGCGACUCAUUUCCAUUCAAGUGGAUAAAUAAGAAAUGGAAAGAAGAUUUUCAUGUAACUUCCAUGACGACUGCCGGUAAUCGUUGGGGUGUGGUAAUGUCUAGGAACUCUGGCUUCUCUGAUCAGGUGGUGGAGCUUGACUUUUUGUACCCAAGCGAUGGGAUACAUAGGAGGUGGGAGAAUGGGUAUAGGAUAACAUCAAUGGCAGCAACUGCAGAUCAAGCAGCUUUCAUAUUAAGCAUACCAAAGCGUAAAAUGGUGGAUGAAACCCAAGAGACUCUUCGCACCACCGCCUUUCCAAGUACUCAUGUCAAGGACAAAUGGGCGAAGAAUCUGUACAUUGCAUCAAUAUGCUAUGGCAGGACAGUGUGCUGAUACACACUUAGCAUCAUGUGUUGUGUUAGAAAGCCAAGCGAGCCUCAGGGUCGUCAUAAUUACCAAUCAAAAAACGUAAAACCAGACAAAACCUCUUUUUGGUUGAAUGUAAUGAAAGGGAUGUGUCUUGGUAUCUAAUGUAUGUACGAGUAACAAAAGAGAAGAUCAUGGAAUUAGUAGUAGAAAGAUUUGAGAGCUUUUUUAAGCCCUUCAAGUGUGUGCUUAUAUAAAACCAUUUGCUUUGUUCAA